AUGGCAAGAUUGAGAGGACAAUGGCUGGUGACAUGGAUUUCUUUUUGUUUGCCGUUGCUGAUUAUUCUCCAUCCAGAAGGAAUCUCUGCUCAAUUAAAAUACUCCAUCCUGGAGGAGGUAAAACUGGGGACAGCGGUUGGAAACGUUGCUAAGGACCUCGGACUGGAUGUCGGGAGGUUGCUGGACAGAAAUCUUCGUGUGGUGUCAGGAACAAAGCAGGAGCAGUUCAAGGUAAAUCAGAGGGAUGGUGUUCUCGCUGUCCAUGAAAGAUUGGACCGGGAGGACCUGUGCGGCAACACUGUGCCGUGCACUAUUAAUCUUAAAGUGGUUGUGGAGAACCCCCUGGAGAUGCAUCAAAUUCUUGUUGAAGUCAUGGAUGUGAAUGAUAACUCGCCCAGAUUUCUGGAUGACAACUGCACUUUAGAGGUGCUGGAAUCAGCUCUGGCUGGAUCCAAACUCCAAGUGGAAGGAGCCCAAGACUUGGAUGUUGGCUUGAAUUCUAUACAGACGUACCGACUGAACCAUAACCCUUUUUUUCACCUCCAAACAGAAGAGUUCGGCGAGGACGGAAAGGUUCCUUUCCUUGUAUUACAGCGGCCUUUGGAUAGAGAAAACAUGGCUCAGCACCACUUACUAUUAACAGCCGCAGAUGGGGGCAAACCAUCCAGAACAGGUACUGUUAACAUCACGGUGAUUAUAUCAGAUGUAAAUGAUAACGCACCAGUGUGCGAACAUCAGAAAUACUCCAUUACUGUUAAGGAGAAUGCACCAGUAGGGACAUAUUUGCUGACAGUAAAUGCAUCAGACUCAGAUGAAGGACUCAACGGUGAGGUUGAAUAUUCACUACGAAACAAACAAAGAGGACUAUACAGUGUGCCUUUUGAUUUAAACAAAAGAACUGGUGAGCUAACAGUAAAAGGGGAUAUAGAUUUUGAAGAGAGACAAGUCUAUGAAAUAAAAGUACUGGCUACAGACAAAGGUGCAGUGUCGCUGUCCACUCAAUGCAACGUGGUGGUCAGUGUGGAGGAUGUCAACGACAACCGGCCCAAAAUAGAAAUCACAUCAUUGUUGAGCCAUAUUGCAGAGGACGCCCCUCUCGGUACGGUGGUAGCCCUUGUGGGCGUUAAUGAUAUGGACUCAGGUGUGAAUGGGCAAGUGGUCUGCAGCCUGCCGGCGCACUUGCCCUUUGCACUCAAGCCAUCCCCAGAUGGGCAAUCGUAUUCUCUUGUCACAAAUGAGUCUUUGGACAAAGAAAGGGAGGAUGUCUAUGAUAUCACAAUAAUGGCAAAAGAUUUAGGAAUGCCCCUGAUGUCCUCUACUAAAGUUAUACGUGUAGAAGUUUUGGAUGUUAAUGAUAAUAGGCCUUCAUUUACUGAAAAUCCAUACAAUUUUUACGUGCUGGAAAACAACAAAGCGGGAGAAUCUUUGUUUUCUGUGAGUGCCGCGGAUGCCGAUAGGGAAGAGAAUGCAGAAGUGACGUACAAACUCCAACGGAGAGGUGAGAGUGUGACAUCAUUUUUGAAUAUUAAUGAGGUCACUGGGGCUAUAUCAGCAUUAAAAAGUUUUGACUUUGAGACUGUGAAAAGUUUCCAUUUCCAAGUGGUGGCCACAGAUGGUGGAAGUCUUCCACUGAGCAGCAACGUGACUGUAAACGUGUUCAUUCUGGAUCAAAACGACAAUGCGCCAGUCAUCUUGUAUCCAAUCAGCUUCAAUGGUUCUGCUGAAUGUGUGGAAGAGAUUCCACGCAACAUGAAAGCAGGAGACUUGGUGACGAAAGUCAGAGCCUAUGACGCUGAUAUAGGAUAUAACGGCUGGUUACUCUUUUCAUUUGGGCAAGUCACUGACCACAGUCUCUUUUCUUUGGACCGCUACACAGGCCAAAUAAGAACACUUCGCUCCUUGACAGAGACCGAUGAGGCUGAGCAUAAGCUGCUCAUACUGGUCAAAGACAAUGGCAACGUUUCACUCUCAGCAACAGCUACUUUUACUGUUAAACUUGUGGAGCCCAAAGAGGCAUUUGCAGCUACAGAUGUCAAAGGUGCAAAAAUAUUGGACCAGGAGGAGGACAAUGUGACUUUCUAUCUCAUCAUCACUUUGGGCUCAGUCUCACUCCUUUUUGUCAUUAGCAUCAUCGUGCUGAUUGCCAUGCAGUGCUCCAAAUCCCCUGAAUACACUUCCAAGUAUCUCCAAGACACUAACUAUGAUGGCACACUGUGUCACAGUAUCCAGUACAGAUCGGGAGACAAACGCUACAUGUUAGUUGGACCCAGAAUGAGUAUUGGUUCUACUAUAGUCCCAGGAAGCAACGCUAACACUCUGGUGCUCCCUGACAGGAGACACACUGCUGGAGAGGUAAGAAAUAUAUAUACAUAUAUAUUUUUAUCAUUGUCAAAGUUUACAGUUGCUGCUUUGUGCAACCCAAUUGUUAUAUUCUUAACAUUAACAUUAACUGAAUAA